AUGUCUGGCACGCCAGCCAGAGAACGGAUUGAGAGAGAGCUGGCAGCACGUGGCACGAAGAAAUACAGGCUCUUCUUCGGUCCCCCCAUCUACCCAUGCAAGUCGAGCGACGCAAUCUUUCCAAAGUGGGACACGGUUCGCAAUCGGAUUCUGCAAGUCGUUGAUGUGUCUGGGUUUCAGCUUCUCGGGUGUUAUCGCAUUGGGUACGAUUUUGGUGUUGAGAACAGCACCCUUUCUGUCCUCGUCACGAUCGACCCGAAGCACAAGCGAGACUGGCGUAUUGUUGAGCACGAUAUCAAGGAUAUAGUAACAAGUUUGACCUUCAUAUGGUCGAUAUGCGCAUCUUCAAGGAUCGUGGUAUUCUCUGUGCCAGUCGGUCGUCGACCGGAAGACAAAGCGGACAGGAUUGAUCAGCAGAGGAACUCAGAGUCCUUUCGCAUUCUGGAGGAGGCCCAAGCGGAAGGGGACCUCCAUGGAGAUCUGGAACAAAAGUGGGGAGCCCUCAGGAAGCGCCUUAGAGUCCUAGAAAGCCAUCUUGCAGAGCUAGAGGCCUACAAACGGGCAAACAGUUAUGAAUUUGGCGAAGUUUGGGUUGAUUCUGGUGAUGAUACUCGAAGCACGACAACAAUUAUGGACUGGGCACUGUUUCGUUGA